GAGACAGUAGACGAUUGUUCUCCCAUCACCACCCUCGGCGCGUUGUUCGCCGAUGCCUACGUCAUCCUCCGCCCUACGUCAUCCGCCGGGCGCUCAGACCUCUGGAGCUUCGAGGCUCGAGACGCUGACUGCCACUCUGCUGCAGGUCAGGACCACCGAGGACUAACUUGGACUACCGAGGACCACCGAGGACCACACCGUCACCCAGCGGGACGUUGCCUGGUCUCAUCACUUCCACUACUUUUUUAAAGCCGUCGGGAGUUGAACUGGAUUAAGCAGCAGCAGCAGCACAGCAGCGGCUUCCCGUCCCGUCCCCUCCACGCCGCGCCCUCCCGGUCUCCGUGGACCUCGGACCUGUCAGGACCCGGACCGUCAGGCCCCGGACCGCCAGGCCCCCCUAGGCGUGCCCGGCCGUGAGGAUGGCGAACCCCGCGGAGUGCACCAUCAAGGUGAUGUGCCGCCUCAGACCGCUGAACAAGUCGGAGGUGGCCCGCGGAGACUCGUACAUCCCCAAGUUCCAGGGGGAGGACUGCGUGUUGAUCACGGGCAAACCGUAUUACUUUGACCGUGUGUUCCAGUCCAACACCACUCAGGAGCAGUUCUACAAUGCUGUCGCUCAGCAGAUCGUCAAAGACGUGCUGGACGGUUACAACGGAACCAUCUUCGCCUACGGCCAGACCGCCUCGGGCAAGACACACACCAUGGAGGGCGUCCUCCACGACACGGACAUGAUGGGCGUCAUCCCCUGCAUCGUCCAGGACAUCUUCAACUACAUCUACUCCAUGGACGAGAACCUGGAGUUCCACGUCAAAGUAAGCCAGAUCCAACCAUAGAGGUGUGAAACCAGUUUAAUACAUGGUAGUGGUAAACCAGAUUAAACCAUAGCGUUGUAAAGACGGAUUAAGACAUAGUGGUGUGAAACCAGAUUAAAGGUGUACGUUGAUCAGGGGGAUAAUCUGUAUUUUGUGUGUGUGUGUGUGUGUGUGUGUGUGUGUGUGUGUGUGUGUGUGUGUGUGUGUGUGUGUGUGUGUGUGUGUGUGUGUGUGUGUGUGUGUGUGUGUGUGUGUAAAACAACAAACUGAUAUUAUAUUACUCCUAUAUAUAUAUGUGUGUGUAUAUAUAUAUAUAUAUAUAAUGUAUGUAUAUAUAAUAUUAUAUAUACUUAUAAUAAUGAAGCAGCCUUAAACCCCAGCCCACGGGAACGAGAAACUUUCUGAUUGGUUCCCAUCUGGGCCCGUUGAUGUCCUUCAGCAGCUUGAACCAAUCCGAGGCCGUCUGCUGUGUCUGUGGGUUGGUUUAAGAUUUGGAGACGCUGUAAUAUUUAUUCCUUCAUAAGAAAAUGAUAACGUUAGCAAUUAUGUCAACAUCAAUGUAAAUACAAACGACAGAGCUAUAUCAUAUAUGUAACUGAAAUAUAUAUGUAUAUAUUAAUGUUAUGAAUAUACAUAUAUAAUCAUAUAUAUGUAUAACAAAUUGAUAUAAAUAUAUACAUAAAUAUAGUUGUUCCACCUUGUACAGUAGGCCUAUGUCAAUAAUUAUUGUCAUCAUGUGAACCGUGUCUCCAACCGACCACUCUAGACCGAACGCAUACCAUAGACUUAUUUGAAUAGUGAUAUGUAAAUUACAUAUUCUGUUCCCCGAAUAAAACCCGAUAUAUUUUGUGUGGGGAUUGAUAAUAAAUAAAACUACAGAUGAAAUCA